UAACUCCUCAUUUUUCUCUUUUCUGCCUAUGUAAGAUUUUAUUUUUAUGAGUUUCCUCUCAUUUCAUACAUCAUUAUUUCUCAAAUCAGAAUCUUUCACCAAACACACAAAAUCUAUCUCUCUCUCUCUAUCUUGCAUGCUAACCUGUGACAAAAAUUUCUGUACAAAAUAAAUACACAAUCUUUGUUACUAAAAUAUAUUCCAUUUAUUUGCCCAAAAAUGUCUGAAAGUCCAGCUAAAGUUAGGUUAGUUAGAUGCCCAAAAUGUGAAAACUUGCUUCCUGAAGUUACUGAUUAUGCACUUUAUCAAUGUGGUGGCUGUGGUGCUGUUCUUAGUGCAGGGAAUAAACAUAUCGAGUCCGGUAUAUCGUCGGAGAAAUCGGGUGAUGAAAGUGAUAUAGUUUCAAAUAAAGUCUCUAAAGAAUCAUCGAAUCUUGAUUUCUCAAAUAGAAGUGUUAAGAACAUGAGUUUAGGGUCUGAGAAUGGGGUAAAAUCUAAUGGAAGUUCCGGUAGGACACAUGAUAGAGGCGACGAUAAAAGCAUAGAUUUAGAUGAACCACUACCUGUGAUAGGAAAUAAUAGAAGUGGUUCAAGAAGAUCUGUUAGAAGCUCGAAUUGGAGAUAUCGUGAGUCUGAUCUUCAAGAGGCCUCAUCAAGUUAUCAUUAUGCACCUCAUCAUGAAUAUGGUGAGGUAGCUCAAAGCACCAAUGAUCCGGAGGUCGAAGAUGACAGAGAUGAACUUUUACGGAAAUUAGAUGAACUCAAAGACCAAAUUGUUCGGUCUCGUGAUAAAUCGAAAGAAAAAGUUCCAUUGCAUCCUCUUAUCCCAUCUUAUACUGAGGGCCCUCCUUAUGCAAAUAUGCAUCAUAAAAGUCAUCCUUUAUUACCUUCUUCAAAUCAAGUUCCACUAUUUUCUGACCCGUUUAGAUCACAAAAUCAUAGAAGAGCCCCGGUUAUGCCUUUAGAACAGAACCCGUAUCAUCCCUAUUAUUCUGGGCAAUAUGUUAGCAACGAAAUGACUGAUAAUCGAUUGUUUCACCACCCUUCUUGCUCUUGUAUGCUUUGCUACAAUAAACACCAACAAGCUCCACCACCACCACCACUGCCGCCACAUCUACCGCCUGUUAUGCCAAACGAUCCAGUUUUUUACCAACAUGAUUACAAUCGUCGGUUCUCAAAUCUUUCUCUGAAUUCUCAUAGCUCUGAGCCCCACACAAGAUGGUCUAGUGAAAUUCGUCGUCCUCCACGGGGGAUCUUAGCCACUGGAGGAAGGAGGUGCUGCCCUGUGGCUGGUGGUUCUCCAUUCGUGGCAUGUUGUAAAUGUUAUGAAUUGCUUCAAGUACCCAAAAAGAAUACAAAGAAAAUGAGAUGUGCGGCAUGCUCUGAAGUUAUGUUGCUUUCGAUUGUCAAUAAACGACUCAUUCUUUCUGUUUAUGUAGAAACUAAAAAUGAUACAGUGAAAUCAAAAGAUCAUCACAGAACCUCUAGAGAUGCAAAAUGGGGAGGCACUGAGUUUUCGUCUGAGGAUUAUGAUAACUCUGGCAAUUAUGACUUUGAGUCAAUGGAUAAAUUGCCAUUAGGAGGCCCGAGUUUGAAUUCCCACAAAUCUGCUCUUUCUUUCACAUCAGAAGAUGAAGUAAAAGUUAAUAUUAUUAUGGAAGAUGACAAUUCUGUCGAUGCAGCGGUGAAUUCUAAUAAACCGUCUCCGCCCCCUUCAGGCUCACCUCUUCAAGAUCAUUUUGACUAUUCAACCAAGUAUAAUCGAGCAGGAAAAGGAAAUGUAAGCAGAAGGUCAGAUAUGAAUAUAGCUGCAGUUCCUGUUAAUUUGGGUCCCCAUGGAAGUUCCAUGAAAGAUGCUGCAGUGGCUAGCGAGAUCGAGAUUUCAUCGAAUGAAUAUUGUGUCAACACAGGCACUUCUCAAGAAUCUGGGGAUGCAAUUAGGGAGACAGAUCAACAAAAAGGAAAUGAAUCUUUCUUGAUGAGUAAGAUCAAGAAAAGCUUCAGGGAGUUCUCAAGGUCUAGUCAACAUGAUGAGCAGGUUAAAGUCAACGUGAUGGUCAACGGACAUCCUAUACCUGAUCGCUUGGUCAAGAAGGCAGAAAAGCUGGCUGGGCCGAUACAGCCUGGUGAUUACUGGUAUGAUUCGAAAGCUGGAUUUUGGGGUAUAAUGGGUGGCCCUUGUCGUGGCAUAAUUCCGCCAUUCAUUGAGGAAUUCAAUUUUCCAAUGCCUGAAAAGUGUGCGGAUGGGAACACUAAUGUUUUCGUGAAUGGAAGAGAGCUUCAUCAAAAAGAUUUGGAUUUGCUCGCAAGUAGAGGUCUCCCGACUGAUACAGAUAGAGCUUAUGUUAUUGAGAUCUCCGGGAGAGUGCUAGAUGAGGACUCAGGUGAAGAGCUCGAAGGGCUCGGUAAACUUGCUCCAACUGUGGAGCGCAAGAAACAUGGAUUUGGGAUGAAGCCUCCAAGAACCGCUGUUGUAUAAUGGAUUUAUGGAUAGGUAAAGCUUUUGUGGUGUUUGGGUUAGCGAACCGGGUGAAUUCUUUGUGAGAAUGAAUAGCUUAGCAAUUUGUGUAGCGACGUGUAUGUUAUGUGAACAUGUAGGAUGUCAUUAGUUUUCGUUAAUCGCAAAAUUUGUUGUUUUUGGUUUUGAAUUCAUUUUGAAGGUAUAUUCCAUGAGUGGUUUCAUGUAA